CACUUUGAUUUGACAGACAGUUAGUAAAUAGGAAGAUAUUUGAUUGGAGUUGUGUUUAUCAACUUUCAAUGUUUUUGUGUUUUGUAAUGCGCUAUUGUUUUAUUAUGCACUAAAUUGUUAUGAAAAGGUUGGAGCAAGUUUAAAAGUUGAUUUGAUUAUUCUAAUUACAUAAAAAAUGGAGCCGGCACUAUCAUCUGACGAUAGUUGUGAUUCCGAAAUGAAGCAUAUGAAGAGUGAAUUGAUCGAAUAUGGCUUGGAGGAAGAGAAUCUGAGUAAAGAAGAAAUGAGUGAUCUUUUGAAAGCUUUGAAAAAUUCAAAAUCUUCUGUAAGAGAAGAUAGAGCUGCUCGUGAUACUGAAAAUACUGAGAUAGUUGAUUUUAUUUCUACCCCUAACAAGUCUAUGAAAAGGAGAUACUUGAAUGUGAGAGACAGACGCCUGCCAUGGAGUUUGUUGCCCUCUACUAUAUCACCGGCUGAGAAAGCCCGCAGUCUGGCAGUCUACAUAAAACUAAUGUCUUUAAACAGCUAUCACCAGGCCAGGCAAUCAGCUAUUUUUGCUGCCUGGCCACCACCACUGCAGAUUGUGGAGGAGACCACCAGAGUGCAGCCAGUAAGGUCUACUAGGAGUGGCCGCACUGUGCCUGUGUAUGUUGACGUUGACUAUGAUGAUAAUUCCUCAGACUUAGACUUUGUUGUCACUAAAACUAAGAAAAGGAAAGUGUCCUCUAGUGAACAAAAUGGGAAUGAUGGUAUUUACACUAAUAAAGUUAUGAGCUUGAAAAGGAAGCCAUCAAAGGAUGAAAAUAACAGGCCUGUUAAAGAGGCCAAAAUGUCACCAGAAAAUAAAGUAGAAACCAAUACUUCAGUUGUUCCUGUGAAGCCUAAGAACGAUCUUUUUACUUUAAUUGAAGACUGAAGGACCACCUAUACUGGAUGUUUGGUAAUUUAAAUCAUUUUAUGUUUCAAAUAUUAAUGUGCAUAUUAAUGUUUCUUUAAAGGAUUUCUUAAUAUUUCUUGAAAAGAAACAUUCAUAUUCAGUUGUUUCAAAAUCAAAUGUAUAUUGUGUUAUCUAAAUGCGUGGACUAAACCAUAGAUGAUUCUGUUUCACAAAUUAAAAUGUGCAUAAUACUGAUGUUUCCUUUACAAAAUACAACAAUAUUUUUGUGAAAGAAAUAUUCAUACUAAGAUGGUUUCAAUUAAUUUGAUUAGAUGUCUAAUGUAUUUGUGUCGUUGUUUAAUGCAAAUGUAUCAAAUUGAUUUUAUUAAAAUUUUAUUUAGUUCCUAAAUAAUACUGGAAGUUAGAAUUCACUAUAAUAUCAUAACUACCUUUGUGUAUUAAAAUCUAUUACUAUUCGGUCCUUGAAUAGGUUCUUGCUGUUUUGUUCAUACACUGCACAUAGUCCUACUUUAUAUUCAUACACAAGAACGCAUAUACUAAAGUCAAGCUUUAGAUGUAAUGUUUUAAUGUGAAUACAAAUUUCAUGCGCAGAGUGCUGCUAGUAUCCCCUUUUGAGUAUUAAAGCAUAAUUAUGUUCAAGGACCUAAUUAAUAGGUAUCAAAUAUCAAAAUAAAUAGAUUAACAGACAAAUCUGGAAACAUAAAUAAUAAGGUAUUAGGGUAGUUGCCUGAGCAUGAUAAUUAAAAUCUAAUUAGUCCGUCAAUUUGAUAAUAAAAAAUAUUAGACACAUAUUUUUUUUCUCUUACAAAGUUUCAAAUACUUAGAUAACAUCGCGUUAAGUUUAGGAGUGGGAGGUCGUUUUAUCUGCAUUUUAUAGCAUGUUUUUUUUAAACUCAGCCCCACA